CACCCUGGCUGUACGGAAACAGCAGUCUAUUCCCCACGAUCUGCCUCGUCUGUUUCACUAGCCGGGCAAUGACAAACACUCCUGCCAGCACCAGGGAUUCAUUACCAUGGGCAUGAGCGGAGUGCCACUGACCACUUCAGUGGCAUUUCACCACCACUGAAAUAUAAACAGCUUCAGUCCUGAGCCCAGGAGCGAGCAGAUGGAGGAAGAACCAGGAAAGAUCAGCCGGCAGCAGAACCAGGGAAAGUCGGAACGGGAGGAUGACGGCCCCAGCAUCAGCACAGUGCAAUCCCACGGGGCUGAGGGCAGCUCUCGCUGCAUGGUCUUCACUUACUUCAAAGGAGAUAGCAACAGCAUGGUGGAGGAGCACUUCACCAGGGCCCUGAAACGGGUCGGGGGUCCCAUAGACAUCAGCUCAAAACGGAAAGUUGCAAGCAUUGAGCCAAAGUCAGAUGAGAAACCCUUGGCUCACCCACGCCAUUGGGAUCCUCGUGCUCCGCUCUGGCCCAGUUCACCCCAAGGUGCCAACCUGUCUGCUGCACCCCUCAGGGCUCCAGGUGCAUCCAUCCGCGGGCCUCAGUACCAUACGAACAGCCCCUCAAACCUGUACCCUCAGCCUUACCACCCAUGGAUCCUACCCAGAGCGAGUAGUCAUGGCCGGGAGGACUCUAUCUUCUGCCAGCCAAUGCCUGAUCUUCAUCGAAUGAUCCCAGCUGCAAUCAACAGCUCUGAGUAUAACUCCUUCCUGGCUUCCCUGAGAGGGGAGAGCCUGCCGUCCGAAAACAGCCAGCGACACACUGCCCCAAAAACAAACCUGACCCUGGCCUGGGCACAGCCUGCUCCUGGACCCGCAGAAAUGAGGCAGAGUGAGAACGUCGAUGUAGAUUUACAAGCCCCUCAGAGGCAGAAGGACAUUUACUGGUAUUAGCCUGAGCUGCCUGCCUUUCCUCGACUCCUUGUUUAUCCCUCUGCACUGUCGCACUCUAGCCCAUUACUGCACUAUCUCAGUGAACCGCUCCUCACGCUGCUGGCUCCUUCCCAUCCAUUUCACAACACAUUGUUUCUGAGCUGCACCUUGUCCUUCUACUCAUGUGCUCCUGGCGUCAACCUGAGACUGGGGUGUGCAUCUGUCAGAGAAGCAGAAGCUGUGAACAUUUUGGGAGUGGUUGAGGGUUGAGUUGGUGCUAAGUGGCUAAUGGACAGUAAGCAUCAAGUCCUUGACUCUGACUUUGCCAGGCCUUAGCCUGGAGUAUUCUCCGAUCAGGGAAAUACAGAGAGUUCAAUUGUCAUUUGAAGCCUUUGUGUGAGUGAGUGGGCCUUCAUUGAGGAGUUUGAUUGUAUCACUUCAGGUACUGAGAGUCCAAGGCAACCACAGGCGACGCCUUUUCUCAAGUUGUAAAUCCGCUCCUGCAAAUGCACAAUUCAGGGCCUACAGAAAUGUGGAAACUCUUCAAAAACUCUUCAGAUAAAAACCAUCUCCAGGUGUUACACAGAAACAUUAUCCAGUAAGAUCUGACACUGAGACUCAAGCAGGAAUUCCCGACUUUUUGGCAGCCACGAAAUUUGGAGCAUCGGACCCAUGGAGAUCCGAAUUGGCCAAACUGUGGUACCAGGUUCAGGAGCUAGAAGGGAUUCCAGAGAAAGGGAGGGAUGGGGCUAUGGUGGGUAUCUGAAAGGGAUAAAAAUACAUCCAAGUUGAUUAAGAAAUCUCCCCACGAUUGAUGUGUUAUUUACUCAGAGAGAAUCAUGCUUAAAUUGAUUUACAGAUAUUACUUGCUGAACUCUCAUAAUAUUUAUUAUUUAAAGCAACUGAAGACCUCAAAACUGAAGACUGCUGAGAAAAGACACACCUAUUUAAAUUUUUUCCAUCUCACUUCAUCAGAACCAUUUUGCAAGAAUGCAAAACAAAAGGAAAACAAGAUUUAUACUGCGUGGUGCAGGGAGAAUGCUGAUUAUUUGGCAAGUGGACUGCGAUUGGUUGAAGUGUUGCCAUGGCAACUCUGAACUGGGUGUUUUUUCUUCAGGACAAUUCUGAAGAUGGAUCACUGGAACAUUCAAUCUGUGUCUCAUUCCAUCGAUGCUGCUGCUCUUAGUCAGCACUUUCUGUGUUAAUAUUUUUCUGACCUCUUUCCCCUGUCUCAGCCGCGUGUGUUUGACUGUGUGAUCUCAGGCUGAACAUUUACAGUCCCGCAGCCCCAUCUACUGGUUCACAAGAGCUCAGGGCGUGUUACCAAAUAAUUCUCAUUUUUUGGGCAACAUUUUUUGGUCAACUGCUGAUAAUCUGAUCGAUAAACCAAGUGGGUGUUGGAAAUGAUCCAUAGUUUGUUUUACAUUUUUGCAUUUUAUUUGGACUUUGUUUUUACCAGUUGUCAAACGCGCAGAGCUGGGGAAAUGCUCUCUGCUUGUCCAUGCCUAGUUCAGUGAGGUACCAGUUGCAUCUCUGUUCAGCCCAGUUUCACUAGGUACAGGACACACUCCUGAUAUCGAGACAUUUGGCAGGAUGCUAGGGGAUUGGGAUCUGGUGUCAUGAGGAGUUGGGCAAAGUUUGGGGAACACCAGGGAUUGUAAAUGUUUUACUGUCGGGUGGAGAGAUCUGCAUGUAGCACUCUCUCCUGCACAAAGUGUGCCCCUGCCUGGGUCACUAAAUCCAUCAGGCUAGGCCCACCAAAUGAAUUAAUUAAAGAUGCUCUGCCUAAUGAAUCCCAGCACCAGCUUUGUUCUUGUCAUUUCUAUUCUUCACAAGAUCUAAUCAUCCAAAACUUACUGAAUACUGCUGAUGGGAAAUGAGGAUUAAUGGGAAGCAAAGGCUUGAUUUUACUAAAACCUUAUUGACCUCUAUCAGAGGGGAAUGUGGGUUUUAACUGGGCCUUUAAGCACCUGGUAACCUCCAGUUGGCGGAACGUUCUGGGUAAUCUCAGGGUUUCAGGGAGACACACAGCGUGUUUUUACAGCCCCAAUUAGUUAUCUCCACUAGUGAGGGUGUAAGUAUUGCAAACAGCAGCAUUGUCACGGAUUGUCAGAUGUAGUCACCCGAAAUUUAUAAUAGGUCACAAUAUUGAUAUUAAAUGAAGAAUAUACCUUUCUAUAGUCUUUUUUAAAAAGUAAUUGCCAACCUUACAGAAAUAGCCUGUUAGAGCUGGUGCACACUGUAAUCUGUACACUCAGGGCCAAUUGUUCUUGGCACAUCUUCAAUCAGUGCAUACCCGGUAUACACGAUGUACUCAAUACUGGCUACACGCGGGGGCACACUGUGCUGGGUAACCCAGAGGCACACUGUUCCGAGUACACCCAGGGGCACGCUGUGCUGGGUACACUCGGGGGCGCGCUGUGCCGGGUACACCCAGGGGCAUGCUGUGCCGGGUACACCCAGGGGCAUGCUGUGCCGGGUACCCCUGGGGGCAUGCUGUGCCAGGUACCCCUGGGGUCACGCUGUGCCGGGUACGCUCGGGAGCAUGCUGUGCCGGGUACCCCUGGGGGCAUGCUGUGCCAGGUACC